CGAAAUAUGGGGCGGAUUUGUUGACUGUCAAACCGGCCGGUUGGGUUUCUUUCUCCGAAGGACAAGACAAUGUAUGUUUAUCAUAAGCGUUUUAAUCCACAUGACCCUUUAACAAUAUGAUCGUUUGAGAUUUAUAUAUUUUUUUAAAUAAAAAGUCUAUUGCAUCUGGCUGGAUACUACUCAUGGAAAAUGAAGAUAAUCUCUCGGAUGAAUUUCGGGUGCAUGUUGUCAUUCCGAGUAAACCCAAUCCAAUACUUGAAAAACGUAUUGUAUUCAAAGUAUACAAGAGGAGAUGGUUCAUUUUGUUCGUGCUGUGCUUGCUAAAUUGCUCGAACUCUAUGUUAUGGCUGACCUUUGCUCCAGUGGCGGACCAGUCAGCCCAGUUCAUGGGUGUCACCCUGGACCAGAUCAACUGGCUGUCCAUCAUUUAUAUGGUGGUGGCCAUACCUCUCAGCUUUGGGACCACAUGGAUGCUGGACACUUUAGGGCUCCGAAUCACAUUGGUGCUGGGUUCAUGGCUUAACAUGUUGGGAGCUGUGCUGCGUUUCGUGAGCGUCCUGGGGAGCCUUGUCAGUGCGGCCAAAUUCCCUGUGGUGAUGGGGGGCCAGACCCUGUGUGCCCUGGCUCAGCCCCUGGUCAUUUUCACACCCACCAAGCUGGCAGCGCUCUGGUUCCCAGAGCACCAGCGGGCCACUGCCAAUAUGAUAGCCUCCAUGUCAAAUCCCCUUGGGAUUCUUGUUGCUAGCAUCUUUUCCCCUAUGAUUGUGGGGACCACCAACAACAUCUCUUCAUUGCUGUUCAUUUAUGCUGUACCAGCAACCAUCAUCUGUUUCCUAGCAACAGUUGGGAUCCGUGAUAGUCCCCCAACGCCCCCCUCAGCCAGUGCAGAAAGCUCCACCUCGGAGCCCUUCCUGGAGGGAAUCAUGCUGUUACUGAGGAACAAGGCUUACAUGAUUCUCCUGCUGUGCUUCGGCUCGGGGAUCGCUGUAUUCACCUGCUUCUCUACACUGCUGGAGCAGAUCAUGUGUGUCCGAGGGUACCCUAAUGACUUUGCAGGACUGUGCGGGGGUCUCUUCAUUGUUUUCGGUAUUGUCGGGGCUGGUUUCCUUGGACUGUACGUCGACAAAACCAAGAAGUUUAUAGAGGCCACCAAGGUUAACAUGAGCCUUUCAGCACUGGCCUGCAUUGCCUUUUCAGUGGUAUCUCAGAUGCGGAAUCAGAGAAUAGCCUUGGCCAUUGUUUGUUCGCUCUUCGGCUUUUUCGGCUUCUCCAUUUACCCGGUUGCCAUGGAGUUGUCUGUGGAGUGCUCCUACCCGGUUGGAGAGGCCACCUCAGCUGGCCUCAUCUUCAUAUCAGGACAGAUCCAGUCAGUUAUCUAUAUACUGCUUCUUCAGGGGUUGACCAAACCAAUGGCCGACUCGCCCUUCUCUACCUGUUCUGCAGGAGAUGCGUCCUUGAGUUGGAGGGUGCCCAUGCUGGUGAUGGCAGGUCUGUGCAGUGCCUUUACCUGCUGCUUUGUUAUCUUCUUCCACACGGAAUACAGGAGACUGGACGCUGAGGCACAGGCUAUUGGAAAAAAGCCAACUGACAGCAUGCCAAACCGUAACAAGCCAAACUCUGACGACUCGCCAGACUCCAACAACAAGCCAAACUGACAACACACAAGACUCUGACCAAAAGGAGGAACAGGCCAGUGGUUAACUGAACUGCUGUUGAGAUGACCACCUCACUGGCAUCGUUUCAGAAGGAGGCCAAGUGUAUUGACUUACUAAUACAUUCCUUUAUAUAUAGAUAAUUUAACUUUAUAGUACAUAUAUAGUAUCUAGACAGGCGGGUUGCCUAUCACAAUGUAUCAAUGCUCCAGCUUACAUGUCUGAAGAAGUUCUGGCGUCAGCUGGGACAGAGGACAAAUUGGAUAUGGGACGCAUAACACCUAGUGCUCUUGCUCCUAUGUCCGGGUUUCUAGUAGAAAUACCAUAUAAAUGUCUGAUUACUAUUGUAAGGAAGGCAUUUAGAAUGUAACAGUAAUCAUCUGAAGUGAAUGAUUAGAUUUUAUGGUGGUGGUAAACUGGGCUUUCCUUUUUAAUACAGGUUUGCACCGAAUAGCACCUUUGCCCUGAGGCAGAGCAGAGUUGAAGUCAUUUCUGCUCUGUAAAAGUGGACAUAUUUCACAUGCAAAAGAAAUCCAAAACCUGAAUUGACUAGAAUGUCAAUGGAAUUAAACUGAUGUAUGUGGACAUGUAUGCGUUUGGGGUGUAAACAAAAAGGUACAGACUGUUUCAUAAAAAAAAAAAAACAUACCGUAAUUUCCGGACUAUAAACCGCUACUUUAUUCCCACACUUUGAACCUCGCGGUUUAUACAAUGACGCAGCUAAUUUAUGGAUUUUUCCCGCUUUCACAAGAUUCAUGCCGCCAAAAAACUGAGCACCGUCACAUAAUGUGACGUAAAUCGAGCGCGCUCAAACUUCCCAUCAUUCUGAUUACGGUAGUAAUGUUGUCACCCUCAUCAUGGCAAAGAUACAGAGAAAUGCAUAUGAUGCAGCUUUCAAGUUGAAGGUGAUAAAUCUGGCUGUUGGAAUGGAAAUAGAGCUGCUGCAUGGGAGCUUGGCCUUAAUGAGUCGAUGAUAAGACGUUGGAAACAGCAGCGUGAGGAACUGACUCAGUGCAGAAAGACAACAAAAGCUUUCAGAGGGAAGAAAAACAGAUGGCCCGAAGUAUUUGUAGCCACUCGACAUCAGUGUAAAUCGUGCAUUUAAGGUGGCGCUUCUUGUUCAGUGGGAGGCUUGGAUGACAAGUGGGGAGAAAUCCUUCACUAAAACGGGCCGCAGGCGAAGAGCAUCUUAUGGUCAAGUCUGCCAGUGGGUCCUGACAGCGUGGAGCAUUGUCAAAAAAUCCACUAUCACCAACGGGUUUCGAAAGGCUGGACUGCUGCGUGUUGAAGGGGCAGCAUGAGCUCAGCGGGGUAUUUGCCUCCGGAUGAAAGUGACGAGAGCGACAAUGAAAACGAUCCAACAUCGGAUGAAGCAAUUCUGAGGCUAUUCAACUCCGACACAGAAGGAGAUGACUUCAGUGGUUUCAGUGCACAGGAGGAAGAUAGUGACCAAUGACUUUCUUGGUAGGCUACUGUUUUAAUUUUUGUUACAAGCCGUGUUUCGUUUAAAGGCUGUGUAAAGUUAAUUUGUUUCAAUGUACCGGUAGGCACCUGCGGCUUAUAGACAUGUGCGGCUUAUUUAUGUACAAAAUACAUAUUUUUUAAUAAUUCAGUGGGUGCGGUUUAUAUUCAGGUGCGCUUAAUAGUCCAGCAAUUACGGUGCAUAAAUUGCCACAUGUCUGUUCCACUAUCUUUUAUACAUUGUGUUUUAAGUGCCGUUUUAAACUACUCCUGUAAAUAUACAAAAAAAUAAGUUAUUAAAUCAGCCACUUUAUUGAA